CUUCUCCCAGGCUCGGGAGGGCCCCGCGCGUCUGGGGAGGUCCGCCGGCCGGGGAGCGGCGGCUCCGGGAAGAGCCGGGCCGCAGACAAUGGGCGCGGCGGCGGGAGGGGCGCGGCGGCGGGAACAGCCGGGAGGCGGCGCCCGCGAGCGCGCGCCCCCCGCCCCCCCCCGGCCCCCCGCCCCUCGCCCGCUCCCCUGUCCGUCCCCUGCCCGCUCCGCCGCCGGCUCCGGUGCGAUUCCCGGGCCCCGGUUCCGUGCUCCUGGGCCCCGCCAUGGGAGCCUGAGCGCCCCCAUCCCCCGGCCCCUGCCCCCGGGGCCCCGAGGGGGGGACAGGCAGCGGUCUGGGACGCAGAGGGGGUGGCCGGCCCCGGAGCCCCCUCCGCGCCGCCCUCGCCCGCGCUGACCGUCCGCCAGCGCCGAGUGCGCCGCGACCCGGAGCGCUGCGGAUACAAAGGCGCCGGGCCGAGCCCACCGGCACUUCGGGGCGGCGGAGCGCCGCUUCAUUUUCUCUGAGAAAAGCCCACUCGUCCAGCAAAAUAGAGUCCCUCAGGGUGACGGUUGACUUCCUGAAGGUGCCCCUUGGCCUGAAGAAGCCGGUGCUGAAGGAGGUGGCUGUGGGGCCCCCCAAAAGGCCCCAGCCUGUGGCCCUGGAGCGCUAUAAGGCGCGGCGUUCAGACGCCAUGGACACCGAGUCCCAGUACUCAGGCUAUUCCUACAAGUCGGGCCACUCCCGCAGCUCCCGCAAGCACAGGGACCGCCGGGACCGGCACCGCUCUAAGAGCCGAGAUGGGAGCCGCGGGGACAAGUCGGUGACGAUCCAGGCUCCAGGGGAGCCCCUGCUGGACAACGAGUCCACGCGAGGGGAUGAGCGGGAUGACAACUGGGGGGAGACUACCACAGUCGUAACGGGCACCUCCGAGCACAGCAUCUCCCACGAUGACCUCACGCGCAUCGCCAAGGACAUGGAGGACGGUGUCCCGCUGGACUGCUCCCGCCACCUGGGCGCGGCGGCCGGGGCCACGCUGGCGCUGCUCUCGUUCCUCUCGCCGCUGGCCUUCCUGCUGCUGCCCCCGCUGCUGUGGCGCGAGGAGCUGGAGCCCUGCGGGACGGCCUGCGAGGGCCUCUUCAUCUCCGUGGCCUUCAAGCUGCUCAUCCUGCUGCUGGGCAGCUGGGCGCUGUUCCUCCGCCGCCCCAAGGCCUCGCUGCCCCGCGUGUUCGCGCUGCGCGCGCUGCUCAUGGUGCUCGUCCUCCUGCUCGUCGUCUCCUACUGGCUCUUCUACGGCGUGCGCAUCCUGGACGCCCGCGAGCGCAGCUACCAGGGCGUGGUCCAGUUCGCCGUGUCGCUGGUGGACGCCCUGCUCUUCGUGCACUACCUGGCCGUGGUCCUGCUGGAGCUGCGCCAGCUGCAGCCGCAGUUCACGCUCAAGGUCGUGCGCUCCACCGACGGCGCCAGCCGCUUCUACAACGUGGGCCAUCUCAGCAUCCAGCGCGUGGCAGUGUGGAUCCUGGAGAAGUAUUACCAUGACUUCCCCGUCUACAACCCUGCCCUCCUCAACCUGCCCAAGUCCGUCCUGGCCAAGAAGGUGUCUGGCUUCAAGGUGUAUUCCCUCGGAGAGGAAAACAGCACCAACAACUCCACAGGCCAGUCCCGGGCUGUGAUCGCCGCGGCGGCUCGGCGGCGGGACAACAGCCACAACGAGUACUACUAUGAGGAGGCCGAGCAUGAGCGGAGGGUGCGCAAGCGCAGGGCCAGGCUUGUGGUGGCGGUGGAGGAGGCCUUCACUCACAUUAAGCGGCUGCAGGAAGAGGAGCAGAAGAACCCGAGGGAGGUGAUGGACCCCCGGGAGGCAGCCCAGGCCAUCUUCGCUUCCAUGGCCCGUGCCAUGCAGAAGUACCUGCGGACCACCAAGCAGCAGCCCUACCACACCAUGGAGAGCAUCCUGCAGCACCUCGAGUUCUGCAUCACUCACGACAUGACGCCCAAGGCCUUCCUGGAGCGGUACCUGGCGGCCGGACCCACCAUCCAGUACCACAAGGAACGCUGGCUGGCCAAACAGUGGACGCUGGUGAGCGAGGAGCCGGUGACCAACGGGCUCAAGGACGGCAUCGUUUUCCUCCUAAAACGCCAGGACUUCAGCCUGGUGGUGAGCACCAAGAAGGUCCCCUUCUUCAAACUCUCCGAGGAGUUUGUGGAUCCCAAGUCGCACAAGUUUGUCAUGAGGCUGCAGUCUGAGACCUCGGUGUGACCGAGCGCGGCGGCAGGGGGUGCGCGGGGCUCCUGCGGGCGGGGGAGGGCUCGGCUCUCGUCUCCCGCCGCCCUUCGGCCUCCUGCCCCUGUUUACUUUUACUUGAAUUGAUCCCCCACCCAUCUGCUCCCCUCCUCCUUAGUUGCCCCACAUGAGCCUCAAGAGGCCACCUGCGUCAGCAGAGCCUGGGAAGCUUGCUCUCUCUCCCCAGCCCUCACUUGGUGUCAUCCUGCAGGAAGCCGUGCCUCUUGCCCUCCCUCUCCCUCCCGGAUGGAUGGCGGUCUCUUCUGAGAGGGGGCGGGGACCCCCUGAGCCCCCCACACGGCCCGAGUCAGGGGUCUCCCCGCCACGGUCAUUGGCUUCGGCUGUCAGAGCCUCCCCUGCACAUCCACACACAUUCAGAGCGAGGGAAGAUCCUACCCUUCACUCCAAAGUCUCUACCUUCUGUUUCUGAGUUGUAUGGUCUGUGACCACAGGCAAACUGAGGCAGAAGCCCUCUGUGACCACGUUUCCUGGGCCAUGGGGGACAGUGCCUUCCCUCACUGGGUCCACCCUGGGCAGCCUCUGAGCGAAGGACAGGAGCGACUCGGGGAACAUCACAGAUCCCUGCCCUCCGAAUCUACCUGUAUUUUCGUUCCCGCCUUGCUGGGGCAGGUUUCCCCUUCCUGCUGAAGGACGGCAAGUAGACAGACGCCAGCCCAGAUUUAGUGGCUUGCAGACCAUGACCCGACCCCCCAAGGUCUGAGACCAACAUUCCCCGCCCCCCCGUGUGUCUUCUCUCAGUGCCAGGGACUUGUUGCCUCAUCUCGUUUUGGGGGGAGCCAGUAGCCCCCUCGUCCCCUGCCUUAAGCCCACUUCUUUGCCUCAGGGGUCUCUUUUCCUUGGCUGGCCAGGGUGCCCUCCUGUCUCCCUGCCUGGUUCUCUGGGCGCUCGUCUCCUUCAGUGCUGGGGUGAGGGGCCAGGAUUGCCGCCUUCAUGGGUACACGUCCCUCACCCUGUUGGGCUUCUGUAGUCUCUACACCCAAUCCGAAUUUUCCAGAGUUCAGGUCUCGUUUUGAGCAAAAUCCACUGGCCUUCUAAGACAUAUUUUCAGUGUACGUCUGAGCCUUUCACUCAGACGUGUUUCAAUUACGUAGUUUUAGCUGAGGGAACUAGAACCUCCAGCUGGGGUCCACGGGGAGGGCCAUUCGCGGCUGGGCUGGAGUGUGCCCUGGGGCCAGGCCUCUGAGUAACUCGCCGUGCCCCCUCUCAGGCCCAUCUUCUGGCAGACUCACUGGUUCUUGCCACGCGGAGUGCCCCAUGAGCUCUGAUCCCCACUGGUCUCUGACCAGGGAGGCUUCCUGUCUGUGUAGGGAUAGCCUGGGCGUGAUGGAGCCUCGUGAUGGCCUUUCCCCCCUUGUUCUCUUUGAAAAAGCACAUCUGUCCACCCACCACUUCUGCAGAAGGGCUCUUCAGUUUGCGUUGAGCCCGAUCCCUACAGGUGUGGUUUGGGGGCUGACUUAGGCAGUGCCCGAGGGAAAUGCAUCCUAUCCUGGGGGUUGUGGGAAGGUAUCUUUUCUUCUCUUCAAGGACCUGGUUUCAGAGGAGUCCCUCCUGGGUCACAUUUCUAAAUACCUCACUAUCCUGGAAAAUGGGGCCUGGAUGGUGGGCAGGAGCGGGGUGUGGGGUGACGGAAGGACCGGGUUGGGGCGGGCAGACGGAACGUAUUUGGGAUCUUCGUUGCGGCCCUACGUUAGGGGCGGGGGAGUGUUUAUUUUCAGAACCUGCCAUGUUUUUAAUCACUGUGAUUUUUUCAUUCCUUUUUCCUAAAACAAAAAGCAAACUUUCCCCCAACUCUCUAAGCACUAAGGGCUGUGACUGAGAACGGUAGUGUUUUGGUCCUUUGCGUCACAACUGUGGUAUCUUUGUUUUCUUUGACGAUUAUUAUAAUUAUUAUUAUUUUGUAAAGUGUCAGGAUGAGUUGUCAAGUGUUUGGCUGCGUGUGUCUUUGCUUCUCCCACACGGGGAGUUGUCUUCAUGCUGUGAACUGCUGUGGGGCGCGCCACGGGCCCAGGCCCUUGGCGCACUGUCCCCCCUGCUCUGCCAGUCCCGCCACGCGCUGGGUUUUCUUACUCUUCUCCUGUGGGGGCGCACCUACCUGCGGCCCCCCCCACUCCCCCAGGACACCGGACGUGUGGCUGGGUCUCUGUGACACCACAGCAUCCUAGCUCCUCCCCACCCCACCCCCCAGGCCUUCCUGUCAUCACCUUGGGGCACCCUGGGGAUGCUGCACCUCAGGCCUUCACCCACCUCGCCACACUGCCGCGUCCCCACCGGUCCCCUUUCUCUGACACGACCCUUCACGCUCCGUUGACUCUCGCUUAUUUCUUUUUGAUCCUUCGUCGUCUCUCCCCAUGCCUGUCCCAUCUGAGCCUUUCAUUUCUUGCUCCGCGUUCCUGUUGCAAACCCCGCCACGGUACCUGUGAAGAGGCAUUGGGACCCCCCGAAACACCCCUUCCCAGAGUCUGUGCUUCUCUCCUCUGUGGGGCCCAAGGAGCUCCCUCGCCCCUCCCUGCUAUCUGUCCGUCUGUCCGUCUUGUCUGUCUGCUCUUUCCCCUGCCCUUCCCCCAGGGCAGCAUCUGCUGAUGGAUUCGGUCCUGGUGUGUGAUUGUUGUGAUUUGUUCUGUGCGCGAAAGGAAGGGGGCUUGUUUUGGGUCCCUUCCAAGUGAGAUUGUAAAUGUAGAAUUUGCCACUGUUGAAUCUAGAUUUUUUUUUCUUUUCUCUCUUUCUUUUUCAUUUCUUUCUUUCUUUUUCUUUUCUUUCUUCUUUUUUUUUUUGGGUUACAGAGACCUUGUGCAUGCAUGUAGAAAAUUGUAAAAUGUAAAUUUUUUUUUAAUAUAUAAAAAGCUUGUUUUUACAGUUUGCAGUGGAUCUAAACAUAAUGGCAAUUUUAGGGAUUUUUUUUUCUUAAACAUAGGAACUAAAACUGUACAAAUUUUUUUUAUAUGAAAUAAAAACAUUUGACUUUUGUGGGGGCA